CAAAGUUAGACAUUUUACAUCUUAUAUACUAUAUUUUUCGUAAUACGUUACAUCCAGAAUUCCUUUUUCUAAGCACUUUAUAUUUUAAUGUACACUUUACGAUUACGUUAUUACGAAUAUUUUUAACGCCCACGAAAGAAAGGUCGAAGGUAGUCGGCUACUCCCUUAAUAUCAAUUCGUAUAGGGGCGACGUUUUUUUCCAUACAUUAUUAUGCCCUUAUAAGCGACUGCAUUGUGGUUCUCCGGCAUAUCCUUUGUCCAGAGUCAUUUACAGAGCACUACAAAGAAAACCCUAUAAUGCGAUUGUGGCAAACACGAUUAUUUCGACCUCCUGCUUCCUUCUGCUUGUUCGUACAACGAGGUUUAACUAAAUCAAUGUUACGGCUAUUAUCUACCGUAUUUUUUGAUUCCAAAAUAAAUGAUGUGUAACUUAUGAAUUUAAUCAGAUCAAAUGAUAAGAUCAGAUGGAAAAUGAUAAGAGCGCCGUACAAGAUUUAUACAAAAAUAUGAUCUUAAUUCCUAAAAAAAAUUCUGACUUUUCAGAGUGUAUCAAUUACCGAACUUCCCUUGUUGGUUCAAAGUCUUUUUAGCUCUGCCCUCGUGCAUGUGAAAACGUCGUUAAGUUAUUUUUAACGUUUAAUCCAAGAAUCGAUCCGAACGUAUUUUCAAAUCAGAAGCAUUACCCUGAUUAACCAGUACGUACUCGUUCCAGUGACCGAGUUUCUUCCAAACUUACCGAUUUCAAAAAAAAAUAGUGGUAAAAACAGCGGCUACAACAAUUGAGACAGAGACCCGAAGAACGUUUCAAGUUGGGCGUAAAUUCGAUCGCAACGCGUUCGUUUCGUUUCGAUCAAACGUUCUGUCUCCAAGCUACGAUCGAAUACUGUUUAAUUAAGGGCGAAAUUGGCCUGCGUUCGUAAGUACAAACUUCGAUAUGAAACACUGCGUAUGCAUUCAAUGAGCCGCCAGUGGAGCUGCUCUCUAUUCUGGCCGAGGCAGAGCGGGUAUUUAUUAAUAGAGAUUAAACUCCGCGUCGUGUCGUGCCGUGUGCAAACGCUCUCCCGCGCAGGACGCGUGCUGUUAGGGCAGUCUGACUCAGACCGCGGUCCAGAAACUGAUUCUGCCAAAAUAAACGUGGAAAAAUCGUGCGCCUAUCGGCCAGCGUGCCUAUAAUCGUAAAACGGAUUAAGCUAUCUAUCCUGACUGCGAUCGAGGAGCAAGCCCGACGAUGUGCCGAGUGUCGCGUUAAGUGGUCACGUCGCAGGGAAAAGUUACGUGCAAAUCGGUGUCCAGUGAUUCGCCCAGUGAACGAACCAAUUUCAGAAUAAAACGAGUUCGCGUACAUCCGGUGGCACCGAUGACAUUUUUCUACUCGUGUGUUUGUGUACAUUCACGCGGAAAGCUUCCUCCUUUGUGAUACAUCAUACAGGUUCGCCACAUUUCGAUCGAUGAAUCGCACCAAGCCAUCCGCAUGUUUAUCGGCUUACAGGAAUUGUUUGUCGCUUUUUUUGAAUGCCACCGCUCGACGAUCGAUCGCGAUCGUACAGUUCUGCGUUCGUUUACCGAAUGGGAAAAUUAAUUCCGAUUCAUCAGCGUCGUGCAUAUUCUUCCCCAUAAAGCGCCACCGAUAAGUUCGUUAAGCGCGCACUUACUGCGACGUGUCGCGUUUACCGUGCAUUGUUUACUAUCACGCCGGCGAGAUAAAUCGUUCGAUAUUAUCGAUACUCCGUAGACUAUGAAUGGAUAAACAUGUUGCGUGCACUUAACUUUCUCCGAUUGCACAGUUGCGCGUACAUUUUCGUUUCUAUAACAGAACCUAUCGAUCUUUGCUGGAAAAUACAUUUUUAAACUGAGUAUCGACCUCUUGGUAUUUUUAAACGUAAUUCAAUAUAAAUUAAAAUUACUCAUAGGCCUGAUUAACGUAGUUCUCGACGGUAUGACUCAGUAUUCGAACAAUUUUUAUCUUCUGCCUGUAUUCGAACGCGUUAAUCGGCCCGACGUACCCUCGUUAUCUUAACGUUCGAUUAACUCGAAACAAUUGGUUCGCCACUUGUUGCAAUUUAGGCGGUUGAACGCGUCUGCUGACGCAACGACUAGUAUUACUAUUGUCACGUAGAAUAUUAGACCGACGCCAAAAAUACAUUUCGCUAUUGUCUUCCUUCCUCUUUGACCUUCCGUAUCUUUGAUUAACCAGCAUAGUCUACGCACGCCCGAUUACGAUUUCGGUGUAAUCGAUGAAUCAUCCUGAUAAGUUUAACUCAUUGAUAUACUAUUCGUCAUUAUCAAUACUCGUGUAAACUUUCUAUAGAUAGACGAAGUGUCUUCGAUCUGUAAAAAGUAAAACGUGGGUUCAGCCACAAUACGUCUUGAUUGUCGGAGGCGUAAAUCGUAAGGCAAAGCACUGGUGCUGUAAACAAAGGGAUCGUUGAAAGGUGUCAUCGACUGGAAUACAGAGGAGUAAACGACGCUGUUUCGCGCGUGUUUCGUUCGUCAAAGUGCAAACGUCUUUCUUUCAUGUACGAGAGUGUCGCGAGAGACGAGAGCAACGCGGGAACUUUUCGCAUCCGUGAUGUAACUUUGAAGUGGUAAAUGUACACUGCUCGCUGUCUGAAAUAAUGAAAAGUGAACAUUUUAAAACGAUGGACGAACCAGAUUUAGUGCCUUCGCGUUUGGACGAUUGGUAAACUUCGUGUGACAUUAUUUUUCUUCUGUUCUACUUCGACCGCGGUACGUACGUGUUUCAAAACAUUCGCCGAACCUUUUUUAAUGGUUAUCCACCGUGAAAGCGUUACUACUAUGUUGUAACGUAACAGAAUAACAAAACACUGAACAUUGACAAAUGAUGAUAGUGCUUCUGUUGUGCGUCAUCAUGAAAAUAGCAGAGUUCUCUGUGGGCCGUAUGAGCCCACCACUGCAAGCGCCUGCACGACCGCCACAUCUCUACUACGGCAAACGCAAGAGACAGGAACGAAAAUAUUACCGGAGGCCCAACGAGAAAUGCAAUUGCUUUCUAUACAAUCGUGCAGGCAAAGGGGCUGCAGUGAUGGAAGAUCCACAAACACCAGGAUCUGAUUGCAAUUCUAAUCCUGCAACAGAUUCUAUACAACAUAAUUUAAUUGGUUCUGAAUUUGUGCAGGACAAUGUGGAAUAUCAGUGGUUUAUUGAUUACGGUUACAGAGAUGGAGGACUUCAUGUUCAUCCUAGUGUAUUGUCCUCGCUCUCUGCAUCUUAUUCCCGGGAAGAUUUGGGUUACUAUGACGAUCUUGCCCGCAAUCUGGAUGCUAACUUGGCAGAAAUUGAUAUGGAAAGUUUCAGAACAGCAGACAUUCAUACUUUGCUUACAGCAUUGCCAGUUAUGUGUACAGAUCCAGUUCAGCAUUCAGAAUUUAACUAUCAAAGGGAACGAUAUGCCAGUAUAUCUGGAUCUGUUAUGGAAAAGCUUGACAUCGGUACAUCUAUCAGCCCUCAUACUAGCAGCCAGGGAGAAGAUUCAGCCUGUUCAACGACCGACACGAUUUCCAUAUGCAAGUCGUCGUUGCUCUUUUCUCCUCUGAAAGAGACACCCGUGCUACCACCAGGGGGUAGUUACAGCGUCGACUCUCUGGACUGCGAAGACAUGUUACUUACGUGCCAAGUAAACAACAAAAACAACUAUACCAUUGCUUUUGAGGGCAGUAUUACAAUGUAUUCGGAUGGCUCUCAAGACUUUGAAAAUCAAGAAAAACAAAAAAAUUAUGAAGCAGCAGAAAUGUAUUACAAUAGAAAUACAGAUUUGAAAAAUGUAUUAAAUUUAUCAAUGGCAUGUUCUGAUUCUAAAAUAUAUACUACAUGGAGUAAUUUGAAACAUUCUUCUGUGAACAAAAUUAUGACGCGUCACCCUUCAGGCAAUAACAACACAAUACCAGAAUUUUUACAAGGUGUCGGAAAUAUUAUGUCUGGGACGAAUAAGAGAAGUCAGAGUUUGCCAGAUUUAACUCAAGCUACUCAAUUACAUCACCUCAAUAUACCUCUCAAUUUUUCUGUUGAUUCUGCAGAGUCAAAUAAUCAUGCACAACAACUACAGAGUUCAGGAUCUGUAAUGAGUCGAUCUAUGAAUGAAGAGAGUUCUGACAGUGGAGAAAAUAAUUCGACAGGAAAGAAACUACAGAACUUAAGUCUUGUAAAAUUAUUUAUGAAACAAAAAAGUAUGAGUGCAGAAGGAAUGAGUCUUACUUUGGAUCAAUCAGACUCUGUUAGCGAUAAUGGAUGGCCUACAAGCAAUAGCGCUAGUGAUAGUGGUACUAAUACAAACACACAAAUACAACGGCAAAAUAUAAAUAAUACCUCAAAAUGUCAAGUUCCGGAAGGUGACUUUUCUAUUAAUUGGGUAAAAGGUGAUCUUCACAAUAAUCAAGAAAUAGAGAAUCAAAAAGACAGUUUUAAGGACAUUCCAAAACAUUCAUCGGUAAUCAACGAACAAAAGGAUGAAAUGAUAUCAUCCGCGUCUGUAGAGGAAUUAUCAGGAAGCAUGUCAAAAUCGGAUUUAAUGCAUGAUAAUGACAAUAUACAAAACAGUUUCGAUGUCAUUCCUAACACAUCUGAUCAUCAGCGGAAAACUGCAUGGAUUCGAUCGUUGGAAAAGAAGUAUCCAAUUUGCAAAACUACAGGCAUUCAAGCAAUAGCUGAAACGGAGGAUAACGGAGUUCAAACGUCUUUAGUGUUUGCAACACCCGCGGAAAAAGAAAAUCCAUCUUUAAAGGAAACAAUUGUUAAUAAAAAGCCAGUUUAUGUUGUAUAUCCAAAUUAUGCAUUACCCGACUUAUCGUUUCUCAAUAUCAAAGAUACAACAUUAAAUAAUAUAGCCUUAAAACCGCAAUGCUUUGGAAAAAAUAAAAUUAGUUGGAAACGUGCGGGUCGGUCUGGUAGACCAUUCUCGUGUAAUGACAUAGAUGCAUUACGUCAACGUGGAUUUUCUCACGUUAAAGACUGGGAGUCAUUGACAUUCCUUUUGCCUACCGAGUACAAGAAAAUUUUGCACGAUGUGCCAGAAGUUUCAAGACAUAUAAAUAUUAACGAAGAAAUGAAAAAACCUCUGUUCUGUUUGUCGCCACCAAUGCGUCAUAAAACACGUCCCCUAAGUGAAAUCAUACCAAAUAACUCAUCCUCCACUAGUAGUACAGCAACGCAGCCAUCCUCUGGAUAUCGAGGUUCUUCUACGAUAUUAACCGAUUCUUCAACAAACCAACAGACGUCAAAUAAUACAACUAAUCCACUAUAUCUUUACCGUUACGAUAGUAUUAGUUCCGAGGCCAGUUUAGUAAGUAACGAUAAAAAAAUCCAUAGGCAAGUCAGUAAGACAAAAACAAAUUGCCCGUCUCUUCCAAAACGAUCGAUCUCAUUACCACAUGGAGAUCGUGAAUCUGACUUUAGUAGCGGAAAAGUGCCACCAAGACCACCUUUACCCAGAAGUAUUUUAAGAAAGAAUAAGGUUCCUGCAAAUAAAAGAUAUAGCAUGUUUGAAAUGGGAGAUGUAGAAGAAAUAGAAGAUCAAUCUCCCGAAGUAAAUAAACGAAUGUCUUUACAAGAGCCAUAUUAUAUGAACAAUGAUUUACAGUUGUGCCGUGGAAAAAUUAUUGACUCGGAAAAAGAUGUUGACGAGGCAGAAGAAAGAUAUCAUACAGAGAAAGUAAAUGAAACAACUAGUACAGGAGACAUAGAGACUGAAAAUUUGGAAAAUAGCGAAGACGAUGUAAAGCAAUUGGAAGAAUAUUUGAAACGUAGUGGUUUUUCGUCGCAAAGUAGCGACGGAGACACGGAAGGUCCUGAUGUUAAAUUAAGGUCAUAUGUAAGAAAGUUUUUAGGUCUCCGAAUGAACAAAGAUGUUACCAAAACCCCCGAUAUGAUAGAAUCGCAGAAAAAGACUGUCAGUUUUGCUGUAAACCAAAGGAAAAAAUAUUUAGAUAAUAAGCCCAAUAAUUUAAAUGCAAACGAGCAAACUAAACAUUGUGCACUUACAGAAGAAAGGAGGGAUACGAGUCCAGAAAACAAAGCAUUAGAUCUAGAUGAGAAGAAAAAAAUGGUACUGUCUGCAAAUAAAGCGGUAGAUUUAUUAUUGAAAUAUUGGGAUGGCGAAUCUAUCCGCACUAGACAAAAUUACAAUGAUAAAAGUGAAUGUGCUCAAAUUUGUCUUAAUAAUUUAUGUCCGGUUUUGUACGCCAUCAUGUCAUAUGGAUUAAAACCACAUUUAAAUUCUACAUUUGGACCAAUAGCAAAUAGUGUUUGGCAGGUGGUUGAAGCAUCCUCUCAACAAGGUCCACUUACUAAGACAUUGAACGAAUUAGUACAAAAAAUUAAUGGCGAAGAUAUUAUUACAGAAGGAAUGCUUAAAUUUCAUGCAUUUGUAUUUGGUUUAUUAAAUUUAAGAGCUCUAGACGCAUGGUUCGCAUACUUAUGUACAAGGGAAUCCAUCUUAAGGAAACAUUAUAAUAAUAACAGUUUGUUUGUAGGAGCUUUAGCCAAUGCUAAUGCACGAGCAAUUGUCAAUUCCCUCGUGUACUUUUUAAAUCCUCUCACAUUUUGCCCGUUUCAGCUUGAUCUUUUGUAUCAGUAUCGUCAGCUUCACAAUAGUUUCGGAAAUUUAAAUAACCAUAUUGUAAGUACUGUGAACUUUAGGAACGUUGAAAUUUCUCCGAAGGAACAUCAAUUUGAUAAAACGGACGUUUGUGCAAUGGUUUCUAGUCCACGAAAAAUACGUCCAAGAUCUUGCGUUGCUUAUAGCAACUACGACGAUAAAUCUGGAAAUGCGCAUAAUCCGGACAUGGAAACUGUAAAAAAACGUUUAAGCAAUCCUAUAGGUUCAAAAGUAUUCCGCACUCUCGAUAAAUUGGCUUCUGAAGAUUCUGAAGACUAUAGUGAUAGUUUAGAACAUUCGCCAUUGAACAGAGCGUCGAAUAAGCAUCAUCCUGUAUCUAUAAAGUCUCAUAGUCCAGAGAAUAAAAUUGACGACGAAGAGAAUAUGUCCGGUGAAGCGAAAUUUAGGAAACUUCAAGAAAAAUGGGAGUUAAUGGUUGGAAAGGAGGACACGAAAAAUCAACCAGCAAUGUCGUCACCUUUAUCGCCAACUCGAACACCUACGAGUGUAGGGAAAUCUAAAAUACCUAGGCUUCUUACUUCGCCAGUAAAGCAGUCGAGUGCGGUAUCAGGAACUGUUAAGAACACGAAGUCUCCUGUUUCGGGAAUUCCAUCCUUGAAAAAGCCUGUUAUGCUCUCGACGACAAAAACUGUACCAAAAAAAUCUGUAGAAUUAAGAAGCAAAGAAGUAACGAAGCGUACUAGUAGAGUGGAUCAAGAGGUUGUAGGAACAACACGAACUCAUUUAACGCGACCUAGCUCUCUACCUUACAAAUCGUAUGGAGUAAUGUCGAAGGAUAAAAACUUAGUGUCGCCGCAAAGACGAGCAGCAUCUACAUCGUUACCACGACCAACUACCGCCACUACCGCUACAAAAAAUCCUUCCUCAAAGAAACCACUCAAAUUAGUAAAAUAACAGUUCGCGCAUCUCGAUUCCAGAGAAGUUCGCACACUUACACACAGAAUUUCGUCAGAUAAUGGGCAUCUCGCGUUUGGUGAAGGCGAGAAGCUGAAAGUAAUUUUGGAAGUAGAUAAUAACUGGUUAUUAUGUGCGAGAGGUGAUCGGAAAGGUUUGGUACCGC